AUGGCACCAAAACACGAUGCAAUUUCUGAAAUCACACCUGCUAAGGAGAAUUGGAACAUAAUCGUCAGAGUCGUCCGUCUUUGGUAUGUCAAAGAUAUGGCGAAAGACAAAUUGUCAUUCUCAAUGGAGAUGGUGCUCAUGGAUGCUAAAUCAGAUUCAAAUUCAGAAAUUCAGCCUGACUGGUUUACUCUAGAAUUUUUGAACGACAUCAAGUGUUCAGGAAUUCCUAAUCAUAGGUUAAAACUAAAAGUCGGUUGUCCUGCAAUGCUUAUGAGGAACAUUGAUCAAGCAGCUGGAGACAAGAUAUUUGUGUCAAGGUUGAAUUUGAUCCCUAGCGAUCCUGGACUACCAUUUAAAUUUAGGCGCAAACAGUUCCCACUGACUCUUUGUCUAGCAAUGACUAUAAACAAAAGUCAAGGUCAAUCGCUAUCACAGGUUGGUAUAUAUCUUCCUAAGCCAGUAUUUACUCACGGCCAGCUAUAUGUCGCAUUAUCAAGAGUCAAAUCUAGAAAGGGUCUGAAGUUGCUCAUACUCAAUGAAGAAGGUGCAGUCUGCACUACCACUACAAAUGUUGUUUAUCGUGAGGUUUUUGAUAAUGUUUAG